AUGUUCAGGAGGGAUGUCAGCUCUGGAGAGAUAAUAAUCAGGGAAGGGGAGGCAGCCGAUAAUCUGUAUGUGAUCCAGAGCGGCGUGUUUGAGGCGUUUAAGAGCUCGGCAGAUGGAGAGAGGGUGCUGUUCAAGUACGAGGGGGCGGGCGCCUUUGGGGAGCUGGCCCUCAUGUACAACUGCCCCAGAGCAGCCACUGUCAGGGCCGUCUCCGACGGCGUUCUCUGGGCCAUGGAGCGCUCGACCUUCCGGACCAUCGUGCUGGCGGCGCGCAUGCAGAAGCGGCGGCGCUACGAGGAGGUUCUGGGGGAGAUGGACAUCUUCCAGGCACUGACCCCUGCCAACCGUUCAUCCAUUGCCGACUGCCUCACCGCCGAAGUCUACCAGGAGGGUGAGUACAUUCUGAGGGAGGGGGAGCCCUUGGCGACAGGCUCAAAGUUCUACAUGAUUGAGGAGGGCCUGGUUGAGUGCUGCAAAACCAUCCAGGGCGCCAAAAGGUCGGUGGGAACAAUGGGGCCAGGGAGAUUCUUUGGAGAGAUUGCACUGGUGCGGCAGAACUCAAAUCGCGCUGCCGACUGCAUUGCACGCCAAAGAACAAAGGUGCUAACUCUGUCACGUGAUGCAUUUGAGCGGCUGAUGGGACCUGCCGAGAAGAUUCUGGCAGAACAGGUGGCGCAGUAUGAUCGCGCCAACUCAGACCUCUCAAGCGACUUCAGCAUGCACAGAAAUCCCCGUGCCUCAUUUCUAUGA